AUGGAACUUAGUAAAACUGGCCUAUGGAAAAGAAUUCCUUCCCAUAACACUACAGCCCAUCAUCUAGAAGGUGAUCCCCGAGAGACAGGAAUAGGCAAACGCAUGUUCCUCAGAAAUCUAGAUAGAGAUGGUGUUGGCUUUGAAUACUGCAUGUUUUAUAACAAAGCGGAAUCAAGAAUGGUCUGUCUUUUCCAGCCUGGCCCAUACCUUGAAGGACCCCCAGGGUAUGCCCAUGGGGGCUCUGUUGCAACCAUUAUUGACAGCACAGCUGGAGCAGGGGCUGUGUACACUUGUGGUAGCGUCAUGACAGCCAACCUUAACAUCAACUAUCUCAAGCCUAUCCCUCUUGGAUGCACCUUGCUAGUAGACAGCUAUGUGGAGAAAAUUGAGGGGCGAAAAGUGUAUUCAAGAUGCCAUAUCCAAAGCCAUGAUGGUUUAAUAUUUCAUACAGAAGCCACUGGUAAAGAGCAAAACACAACAGUAGCACUUUUAUCUGCUAUUAUACAGUGCAGAUCUAAUUUGGUCAGUGCUCCUAAUUCCACAGUUUGUUAG